AUGGCUGAAAGAGCUCUUUUUGAAAGUUUCCUGAGCUGCCAUGUGUGUUCAGAGACUUUCAGAGAUCCUGUGUCUCUGAGCUGCAACCACAGCUUCUGUUCAAGCUGUCUGCAAACAUUCUGGGAACAAACUAAAAACAAAAACUGUCCCAUUUGUAAAAGAAAAUCCUCAAAGGAUACAAUUGUGAACUUUGUACUGAAGGAACUGGCUGACUCCUUUGCUGGGAGACAGAAAGCUGGAUCGUCUGAGACAGAAAAAGAAGAGAAGAAGCUGGAGGUGGUGUGUAGUAAACAUCCAGAAGAGACUAAACUGUUCUGUAAGGAUGAAGACAGAGCUGUGUGUCCUGUCUGUGAGUUUUCUCUCCACCAGAGUCACAAAGUGGUUCCUAUAGAACAAGCAGUCAGUGACCUGAAGGACCAGCUGAAAUCUGACUUACAGUCUCUGCAGGACAAGAGGGACAAAUACAAACAAGUGGAGAAAACAUACAAUGAAGUGACUCAACACUCCAAGAAGCAGCUGUUGUCCACAGAGAGACAGAUCAGAGCAGAGUUCAACAAGCUCCACCAGUUCCUGAAAGAGGAAGAGGAGUCCAGACUGGCAGCUCUGAGGGAGGAAGAGGAGCAGAAGGGGAAGACUAUCAGCAGAGAGAUGAAGAGGAUUCAGGAGCAGAUCUCCUCUCUGUCAGACAGUAUCUCUGCUGUUGAAGAAGAGCUGCAGAAACACAAGGUGCCAUUCCUCAGCAGUUAUAAAGCCACUCAGACCAGAGCCAGAGUCCAGUGCUCACUGUCAGAUCCACAGCUGCUCUCAGGAGCGCUGAUAGAUGUGGCCAAACACCUGGGCAACCUGUCCUUCAGAGUCUGGGAGAAGAUGAAGGAGAAGGUCCACUUCAGUCCUGUCAUUCUGGACCCAAACACUGCAAGCCCCUGGAUCUAUCUGUCUGAUGAUCUGACCAGUGUGAAAUGUGAAGACACAAAGCAGCAGCUUCCUGACAAUCCAGAGAGAAUCACUUACUCUGCAGAGGUUCUGGGCUCUGAGGGCUUCAGCUCAGGGAAACACAGCUGGGAGGUGGAGGUGGGAGAUCAUCCUCGCUGGAAUGUAGGUUUGGUUAAAGAGUCAGCUGACAGGAAGGGAGAGGCAUUUCUUUCACCAAAAUACGGAAUCUGGUGUUUAAGGCAUUUUGAUGGAAAAUACACUAAUGGAGCUGGUAAGACUGUCAGAGUGAAGAAGAGUCUCCAGAGGAUCAGAGUCCAGCUGGACUAUGACAGGGGGGAGGUGUCCUUCUACGACCCUGAAGACAUGACUCACAUCUACACUCACAGAGACACUUUCACUGAGAAACUCUUCCCAUAUUUCUGUGUUGUAAAGGCUGGUGAUGCUAAAACUGCUGAUAUCAAAAUCUGUCCAACAGAUUUUUCUCUGUAAUGUUCAGGAAUGUUAAUGUUUGUUCAGACUUUAUUCUGAUUUCAUCAUCUAUCUAGAUCUCAGUGGAAUCAUUUAAAGAAACAAGUUGUAAAUAUAAACUCAAUACUCGAGCUGCAUUACAGGUGAUAAACGUUCAUACAGGUUUAAAUCAGUUCUAAUGUUUGGAUUUUAAGAAACAGAUUUAGUGUUUUAGUGACAACAGUUAUAAAUAUUAAUUA